AUGGCGGAGAAGAAGAGAAAGGCAAGCUCCCUAGAGAGCGAAAGGCCGCCCAAGAGGCCGCAAACGAACACCAUCAAAGUCACUCAUCUGAGUGGCCCGGAGGUCGCUAAACCUCUGGUCGCUUCGUCGCCCGGUGUCACACUUCCCUCAGACCUCAGUUUUAAUGGGUUCUCUAAAAAGCAGCCAGUAACCGGGAGGUCUAGCCUGCUCCUCCAGUCUUCGGACCACCCUACCAUUGACUAUGUCGCGACCGAGAGUAGCACAACCGAUGGCGCCGAAAAGAAUGUCAAGCACUAUAUAGCCGUCUUCGACCCGGCCUCCAACAAGCUCAAAGUGGUCGGAGCUAGGAAGAUGACUGUGAGAAGCACCGUGCGCCAGCUAGACAAAGGAAGCGACGACGAGGAAGACGAGGACACCAAGCCUGCACCAACACCGUCUCGCGCGGCAUUGACACAAGCAUUUGGAACGAAAAAGUCAAAGAGAGUCGUAACCUCGUCGGCCGAGAACCGUCUGCUUGCUCGCGAUGGAGAGGACCGGGACCACCCUGUUUCCAACGCCAUUCUAUCGUCGAUUAAAGAGGAGGACGACCCAGCCGUCAUGGCCGACGCAGGAGCUGCUUCCCGAGCCAACAAACCCCUCCCACAAGCCAAUUUAGACACGACCGACAUCACCCAAGUCUACAAUCUCUCCUCGCUCGUCUUUCCGGGUCCUUACCGAACAACCCUGUCUCAAAUGCCCAUCGCGUUCUGGAAAGAAUGCGUCAAGAAGAAGAAACCCGUCUCAACCCACCUGCGCUUCGUGGCGACGCGCGUGGGCUACCUAGCCCAACGGCAUCUCAAACAACCGGACAACGAAGAAGUCUUGAUUAAGCUCCAAAUCCUCCGCUACAUUCAACUCCUCGUCGAGAUUCACAAGUACGUCUCGCACCAGUCGCCGCGAAGAACGCUGGCCCAGCCGGAGCUAUGGCCCAAGGGCACAACCACGGACGCCUCCCUGUCGACAGCCUUCAAGGGGAAAUUGAUGUCCCAUUUCUUCCCCAACAACACACCCACCGUCUUCAACAAAACCUUACUUACAUCCACAAUCCUCGCGCUGACGCUACACAUCCCUCCCCCAAACUUCUCGCCGGGCGAGUCACCAAAGACGCUCUUCACCGAGCCGAGCGACAUCACGCUGGACCUGGCCAUGCCGCACGCCGAGAUUUCUAAGCUGUACCGCGAACUGGGCUGCAAGAUGGAAUCCAUGACCGACGGCGAGCUGCAGCGCUAUGGAUGGGACAAGGUAUUGUCGUCUCCUCUACCACCACCGCAACAGAACGGACGAAUCGACGACGGCGACGACGACGAAGGAGGCAACGCGGUGGUGCUCAAGAAGCUUCCUAAGCCCAAGUUCGCGAAGCUACGGUUCCCCGUCGAAUUUCCCAGGGUCAGUGCCGGGAGGCCAACAGGUCGGAGGUAG